CUGUUUCAUUCUCAGAUCAGAUCAGUAAGUGCAAAUUAUGUAUCCAUGAGUUGUCAGUGGUUCUUGUCGUUGUUCUGUCCAAUUUAGUUCAAAUGUUAAAGUGGCACACUCUCACUAUAACAGGACUAGUUCUCAUCUGUUUGUUCAGUCACUGGGUGGAUUUCAACUUGAUGAUGCCAUUGCCCUUUAAAUAUAUCCUCCAUUUGAAUUUAUUGGAAUUCUUGAGUGAUGCAGCUCACUUACACACUCGAUAUAGAUUAACACUUAUCAUCUGUGAAUGUUGCUGCUGAAUGAUGUUUAAUCUGAUGAAACAGGAGACAGCUGCUUGGGCAUGCAGGAAAGCUGAUUCAACCAUGACAUAAAGUUCUUCCUGAACUAACUGGUCAAGAAACUUUUCUUACCGUUCCCACCCAAUAUCCAUUUAUAAUAGAAUUUCCCUUUAUAUUGAAAGCAUUCUUCCUUGGUUAUAAUCUAUAGGGCUUUUUUUCUCUAUUUCUGCAUUGAAUUCAUUUGUUUUAAUUUGAUUUUGUAGUCAUGGCAACAAUUUUGAUUUCUUCUUGGCUGCCUCAGAUGAAAUACUGAUGUGAAUAGCUGUAUCACAACAUGGUCUAGUGUGUUGUGCUGGUGAGGAAGGGCUGUUCAGCAUAAAAAUGACAAGUGGGUACACUAGAUCUUAAUGAAUCUCUGUGACUAUUGAUCUUCAAAGGCUUAUAUUCAAAUCCAUGGUGAUUAUUCUACAUUGCAAUAGAGAUCAUUAAUCCUACAGCUUAGUGUGAACUUUUGACAUAGUGACUUUAGAAUGUGUGGAUUGUUGAUGUGAAAGAUAUUCUUCAAACGGUUCUUGUGAGAGCCAUGAGCCACCGGAAGAGCUACUCCUUGAGCCCUGAGCCAAGAGAGAGACUCCCAUCUUUCACUGAUGAAGGAACAUACAGAACUCAUUCAGAGGAAAGUGAAGCGAGUCCUACGUUGACUGGCGGAAGCCGGACUCCAGGGAGCAUUGGAGGAGAGGGGUUUAAAUAUGAAGUGGGCCAGGGCAAUGUUUUCCAGGACGUCCAGAGCUCUGGCAUGAGAAGAGCAACAGGACACCUGGAUGGGUCACCUUUGAAGGAACCCAUAAUUCAGACAAAUAGUAAUAAUGCCUGCAACCUGGAAAGCUAUUAUUUCUUUGACAACAUUGACACGGGUAAAUGUGAAGAAACAGUGAAGGAUAGGAGCAACUUUAGAGACAUCUUUAGGAAAGUAUUAAAUGAGAUUAGAUCCGGAAAAUCACCAAAAGCAACUCCUACAAAAGCUGCAAGGCAAGAUGACAUCACUGCAGGAAGUAGGCUGGAAGGGGGCCAUUCGAAGAUGACUGGGAAACAGGAAAAGAGAAGGUAUAGUAGUCAGUGUGGGCACAAUUUUGGAUCUGAAUCAGGUGCGAUUGAUGAGAGAACAGCCACAAAUGAAUUGCCAUGCGCCCAUGAUAUUGAUAACAAGCACGUUGGAAAACGGGACAUGAAUAUAUCUUCACAAAUGGAAAACACUGAAAUCAAAAGUGGAGGAAAAUAUGGUUGUUCGUCCAAUUCUUCUGAAGUUCAAAGUGUAGGCCAAACUGUAAUGCCUGGAAAUAUAUCGCAAGGAAAUUUUGGGGAUGGGCACCUUGCUUCUACAGCUGACAAUUCUUGUCAAGUUCAUCCUGAUCUGGCCACAGAUUCACUUGAAAAUUAUGACAGCUCAAGUGGCCAAGCCAAGUUUCAACUUGGUGAUAGUGAUAAAUCUAACAACAACCUUCGUGUUAGUUCCAAAACGUCAAUAGACACCGACUGGAUUUUCGGUUUGUUUCCGUCAGAUCACAAACAAUCAUUUCAAUCUAAUAAUUCCCACAAUGAAGACGUUAAUUAUUCAGAUGAAACAACAACUGGACAAAGCAAAAGAACCGCAUUGGCUGAAGAAUUUGUCCAAGAUAAAAGCAAUAGUUCAUGUAGUGCAAUAAAUAGUGCAAAACACAGUGCUUGUUUGAAAGAGAGCAAAACGACCUCUAGUGCAAUACCAAUAGAUGGCGAGGGUGAACUUGGCAAAGACUCUAAUGAAAAUGAUGAGAACUCUGGUAAUGAUUGCGGGAGAAAAGUUGAACAGAUUGGAAUUGUUGCCAUCCCAGAUGUCCAGGUUAGCUUAUGUGAGGAUGUAGAUCUUGUUGGAAAGACAGAAUCUGAGAGCCAUGAGAAACUUGAUUUGGGGGAUGAAAAACAAAAGUCCGGUGGUGACCUGGUUGUGGAUCGCAUCCAAUUCUCUCAGGUGGUUUGGACGGUGAUGCGAUACCUCAGUGACACCGCUCUAGAGAAAGCGAGACGGACGUUCUCAGUUGGCGACGACCAGUUGAUGAGGAUUCGGCAGCAGCAACCGGCCGGCGCCAAGUCCACCAACUCCAACUCCAACCUCUUUGACUCCGUGAAGGAGGAAGAUGAGGCUGCAGCCCCUCCUCCUCUUCCAUCCUCCCCCCUGUUGCCAGGGCAACCCGCAGCCAAUCAGGAGAGUGCCUUCGAGGAUGUCUUCACACCCAACUCGCUGACGGAAACACAGAAGAAAGCCCGCAAUAUGUAA